UGACACCGCUUCGGUCGAUGGGGACGCUGAAGAGUGAAGCAUUCUGGGAUAUUGACACAUAAUUGCAGCGAUGUUUUGGUGAAGAUUACUUCAAGACUAAACACACAAAUAAAAAAUGAAGCGAGUUUUCACCCUCACAGACAGAGCCUGGUUGGGGUCCUGUCUCCAGUACAAAUGGCAGAAGACACUGGGGAAUUACAUCGCUGUCGCAGGACCUGACAGCUCAGUGAAGAUAUUUGACAGACAUGGACAGAGGAAGAAUGAACUGAAUCUACCUGGGCGUUGUGUAGGGAUGGACUGGGAUAAAGACGGAGACAUCUUGGCAGUGAUCUCUGACAAGUCCAGCUCCGUUUACCUCUGGGACGCGAACGUCAACAAGACUUCCCAGAUCGACAGCGGCAUGAGAGACCAGAUGUCAUUCGUCCUGUGGUCGAAGGCUGGUCCCCUAUUGGCUGUCGGGACCAACAAAGGAAACCUGCUGAUCUACAAUCAACAGACGUCACGAAAGAUCCCCGUCCUGGGAAAGCACACUAAGCGUAUCACAUGUGGCUGCUGGAGUUCUCAGAACCUUUUGGCGCUAGGCAGCGAGGACUGCAGCGUAACCAUUAGCAACCAGGAGGGAGACACCAUCCGACAGACGUCGGUGCGUUCUGACCCAGCUGAUGUCCAGUUUUCUGUGAUGAAGACAGACGAGAGGUCUUCCCCAGGAGAGAGCACAAGUUGCUGUGCUGAGAGACGAGUGCUGUGUGCAGAGAAGGAAGAGGAGAGUUGGAGGGAUGAGAGCAGGAUGGACAGAAUAUGGGUGAGUGUUGCCGUGGGGAAGAAGACCUUGUUCCUGUUUAACCUCAACGACCCCGACAACCCCAUAGAGCUGGCCUUCCAGCAGCGCUACGGAAACAUCAUCUCCUACCACUGGUAUGGUGAUGGCUACAUCCUGAUUGGAUUCUCUCAGGGGUAUUUUGUAGUGAUUUCUACUCACAUCAGAGAGAUCGGACAGGAACUGUUCCAGGCUCACAACCAUAAAGACAGUCUGACUAGUGUGGCCAUUUCCUCUGCUCUCAACAAGGCUGCUUCCUGUGGCGACAACAGUAUAAAGAUCCAUGAUCUGUCUGAGCUGAAGGAGAUGGACGCCAUCGUCAACCUGGAGGAUGAGACUAAAGGUCUGGACCAGUUGAGCUGGACAGAUGAUGGCCAGUUGUUGGCCGUCUCCACCCAGAGAGGAACCCUGCACGUCUUCCUGACCCGUCUCCCCAUCCUGGGGAACAGCUGUGGGACCCGCCUGGUCUACCUGACCUCCCUGCUAGAGGUCACUGUGUCUAACCGUGUAGAGGGGGAAGCUCCUGUUGCGGUGACGGUGGAGGUGGAGCCUAACUUCAUCGCCGUGGGACCCUACCACAUCGCCGUGGGGAUGAACAACCGAGCCUGGUUCUACGCCCUGGGAGACUCCGGUGUGGAGAGGCUGAAGGACGUGGAGUAUUUGGGGACGAUCGCCAGCAUGUGUCUGAACUCGGAAUACGCAGCGGCUCUGUUUGAGGGCAAAGUACAACUACACAUGAUGGAGGGGGACGACCAACAGGAACAGAGACAGACCAGGCUGUUUCCAGACGGAGACCGUAAAGAACACAUCGUCAGUCACGCCCUCACUAACGACUUCCUCUUCUACGGGACUGAUAGUGGGGUGAUAGUGUGUAUCCUGGUGGAAGACUGGCAGAUGUUGAAUGAGUUCCGCCACCCAGUCGGCAUCAAGAAGGUGUUCCCCGACCCCAACGGAACGCGUCUGGCCUUCAUCGACGACAAGAGUGACGGCUUCCUGCUCUCGCCUGUGAAUGACUCCCAUGUAGAGAUUCCUAGUUUCUCUCCCACCAUCACUGGGGUCCUGUGGGAGACCUGGCCCUCAGAUAAAGGAGUGUUCGUAUCCUUCGACGACGACAAAGUCUACACGUACGCCAUGCAUAAAAACACCAUCUACGGUCCCAGGGUAGUGUUUGUAGGCAGCACCAAGCUUCCUUUCUCCCAUAAGCCCUUGCUGCUGUAUAAUGGUGAGCUGACGUGUCAGACCCAGAGUGGGAAGACCAGCAGCGUGGCUCUGAGCACACACACCUUUCUCACACACACACACUCCCCCGGUGCGCACACACACACACCCGAGGAACUCAGCAAGCAGCUCACACAGGCGCUCAUGCUCAAGAGGUUCCCUGAGGCGUGGGAGCUGUGUAAGGCGCUGGGCGGCCCGGCGGGCUGGGCUGAGAUGGGCCGGUCCUGUCUGAUACACAUGGAGGUGGACCUGGCAGUACGGCUGUUCCGGAUGAGUGGCGACGUUGGCAUGGUGAUGUCACUGCAGGGCAUCAAGGGUAUAGAAGACAGGAGUUUGUUAGCAGGUCACCUGGCUAUGUUCCUGAAUGACUAUAACUUGGCUCAGGACCUCUACCUAGAGUCUUCCUGUCCCAACGCAGCCCUGGAGAUGAGGAGGGACCUGCAGCAUUGGGACAGAGCUCUGAUGCUG